AUGGCCGGCCGCAUCAACUGUCCGCUCGAGGCAGCUGUCGCCGGCUGGAUGGAAGAAAAUGAGGACGCGGCGCGCUUCAGGGACCUAGACAUUUCCGAUUUCGCGAACGCGAACGAUUUCGGGGACGCCGCCAGACCUAAUUUCGAGAACGCGGGCUUAUCUAGCUUCCACAACGCCUCCGUUUUCGGCAUUUCCGAUGUCGUUUCAGCGAAUUUUGGCACUGACCUGGCCGUGGGUGACUCGGACGGGUCGUUGGUCCCGUGGGAUCCCGACGUGGAUGACGUGGAUCAGACAUUCUAUCCGUUCGUCAUCGAGCCGCGAAGACCGCCUCCCGGCGUGCCCUUCGACCCCGCUGGUGCGCCCAGGCCCAGCAACGAGGAGUUCCGCUUGCAAGUGCUCCGCCGCUUCGCCAUCCUCGACACUGAGCCGAAUUCCCGCUUUGACAGAAUCACAGCACUAGCAGCACAGAUAUUUAAGUGCCCAAUCUCUCUGGUAGCGUUUGUGGAGGAUGAGCGGCAGUGGUUCAAGUCCACGUUCGGGCUGCCAGGCGUGUGUGAGACGGACAGGGAGUCGUCCUUCUGUGCCUACAUGCUGCUGCCCAAUCGCAAUCCAUGUCUGGUGGUGAGGGACGCAUUGGAGGACAGUCGCUUCGUGCACAACAAGCUCCAAGCUCUUGAUUCUCCGUUUCCCUCUCCCCCCUCACGGCAGGUGGUGGGGCCGCCAUACAUCCGCUUCUAUGCCGGGGCUCCGGUCACCACCAGUGGGGGCUUCGUCAUCGGCUCGCUCUGUGUGAUAGACACGGUGCCGCACCCCGAAUUCUCCCCCGAACAAGAGAGCCUCCUCGUCGCCCUCGCCUCCCUCGUCACUCUCGAGAUGGACAAGCACAGCCAGGAGAUAGAGGUGCAGCGGCAGCAAGCGGACAAGUUUGAGGAGGACAAGCGCGGGCUGCUGCUCGCCAUAGACGCCUUCAGCGAGGGGCUCGUGCUGGUGGACGUGUCGCAGCCGCGGCAGCCGGUGGUGUUUGUGAAUGAGGGGUGGGAGGAGAUCACGGGCUACUCCAUCGAGCACGUCGUCGGGCUGCACUGCGGCUCCAUCCUGCAGGGCCCAGGGUCUAACAUGACCGCUGUUGAGACUAUGAGAAAGGCUGUUGAGACCGGCGGGUCUGCUUCUGUGGAGCUGAUGAAUUACAAGCGGGACGGCACACCGUUUUGGAACUGGCUGCGCAUUCAUCCCGUGCCGCCGGGGUCGUCGUUCCUGCCGACCGAUAAGAACCAGAGGUACUACUUUGGCAUUCUGUCGGACUGCACGGCGCGCAAGGAGAACGAGUGGCAGCUCGAGAGCAUGCGUGUGAGUGCCGGCCAUGGGGGAACAGGGAAGAUGGGAGAGAAGAAUGGGGGGGAUGGGCAGGGGAGAAGCAUCUCCUCCUCCCAUAUGCCUCUUCUCUCGCGUCUCUUCCCCGCUAUCGCUCCUUCCAUUCGCCCCCUCCGCUCGCCCCCUUGUUCCCGUCCUCCAUUCACCUCCAUUCGCUCCCUGUUGUGCUGUACUCACAUGCAGAUGGCGGAGGUGGAGAGGGAGGCGAGCAUGCGGGCCAAGAGGCAGUUCGUGGCGAACAUAAGCCACGAGAUCCGCACGCCCAUGAACGCCGUGCUGGCGUGCGCCCAGCUGCUGCAGGACGCGCCCAACCUGACCCAGGACCAGGUGGAGCUGGUGCACAUGAUCUCCGGCGCGGGGCAGCAGCUGCUCUCCCUCAUCACCGACAUUCUCGACUUCUCCAAACUGGACGCGGGGAAGAUGGAGAUGCAUGAGAGGGAGGUGAGCCUGUGGGCGUGUCUGGACUUCUGCAUGGAGCUGCUCGUGCUCAAGUCCCAGCGCAAGGGGCUCGACCUCUCCUACAAUGUUGACCCCUCCGUGCCGCAGUGGAUAUGGGCGGACGAGGUGAGGCUGAGGCAGAUCCUCACCAACCUGUUGUCCAACGCGGCCAAGUUCACGGACGAGGGCGGCCAGGUCGAGGUCUCCGUCUCCGCCACUCUGCUCCCCGACCCCGAGCGGGAGGAGGGGGAGCAGCAGCAGCAGGGGGAGGAGGAGGCAUGGCGGGUGCUGCCGUGGUUUGAGAUCCAGUUCUCAGUGCGCGACACGGGCAUCGGCAUGCCGCCUGAGUUCGCCUCCGUCAUCUUCGAGGCAAGCCCCUCUCGCCUGCCCUCCUCUACAACCCCCCCACUUACCCUGCCUUCCCCUGUCCCCUGCCCUUGGUCCUCACUGCCCUGUGGCGUUCACUCAGCGUUCACACAGUGUGACAACUCGCGCACGAGGCGGUACGAGGGCACGGGGCUGGGCAUGGCGAUAGCCAAGGACCUAUCGGAGCGCAUGGGGGGGCGCAUCUGGGUGGACACGGAGCUGGGCAGGGGCUCCACCUUCCACUUCACCAUCCACGCCCACGGCAGCAUGGUCGAAGCCUCCAACAUGCUGCCCUCUCUGCUCGCCAAUCAGGCCUCCGCGUCCCUUACUGCUUCGAGCAGCGGCAGUGCUGGUGCUGGUGGUGGUGGGGAAGGGAAGGGAAGGGAUGGUGCUGCUGCGGCUGCUGCUGCUGCUCCCACCACGCCCACCGGCCGCAGAGGGAAGCUGCUGCUGCCCACCUCCUCCUCCACCCCCUCACCCGCCUCCCCAACCUCUGCUACCACUGCCAUCCCCCCGGUCUCUCUCUCCGCUGCCGUGCCUCCUCGCUCCCCCACAUCGCGCUCGCCCCGACCUUUCCCCCGGGCCAAUACCGUCCCAUCUGCCACCGCCGCUGCUGCUGCUACUGACUCGUCCGCUGCAGCACAGGGCAGCCCGGGUCAGCCUGGUUCACUCGACGCUGAUCCUUCAGCGCCCUCCGCCCUACAGAGAUCCGAGAGCGACAAGCCCUCCCUCACACCCUUCCCUUCCGACGCUGCUCCAACCCCGUCACCCCUACACACGCUCUUCCUCACUCCCCCAAUCACCCCUCUCACGGGCAAGCGCGCGCUGCUGGUGGGUGUACCGGCCACGUUCCACCGCAUGUUAGGGUCCAUGCUGGCCGCGUGGGGUGUGUCGUGCACUGCUGUGCGCACCGUGGAUGCUUUCUGGGACCAGUGGACGGGCGAGGAGGGUGGGCUGGGGCGCGCGGCGGGGUGCAGCGAGAAGGAGCAGCAGAAGAGCCUGCUCAAGGUGUACCGGUCGGGCAGUUGGAGCGAUCUGCCGUUGUUUGGGUGGGCGGAUGGGGAGGGCGGUGCGGGGAGUGAGGGGGGGAAGAAGGGCGCGGUGGGAAGAGUGGGAGGGGAGGAGAGGGGGAAGGGGUAUCCCAGGGCUAUGAGUACGCCCAGAGGGGUGUUUUCAGGGAGGGGUGAGGGAGGAGGCUCGUCUGAACAAGCACCAUCUGAGGAGGACGAUGAGGAGGAGGAGGAUGGUGAUGGUGAUGGUGAUGGUGAUGGCGAUGGGGGGAAAGAGAGGGAGGAAGGAGGUGGGCGUGGGAAACAGCAAGUGGAGGGCGGAGGGGAAAGGGAGGGGAACGAGCGGAAGAAGCGGGGCGGAGAGGAGCUAUCGUUCCUGGCGCGGGUGCAGGCGCGGCAAGUGCAGCGCUUCGACGUGGUGCUUGUAGACGGACCAGCAGUCACGAGCAACAGCCGAGGGACUGGCGGACAAGGGCGGUACGGAGGGGGAGGAGCGUUGGCAUUGGCGCUGGCGGCGCAGCAUGAGCAGGAGCGCGCGCUGCUGAUGAUGCACCUGGGGUGUGCGUGUGCCAGCACUGCACCCACCUUCCUCUUCCUCUCCAAACACUCCAAGCGCCAACUGCCCUUCGACCCCGCGCUCCUGCGCAAGGUGGCGGUGCUGUCGCGCCCAGUGCGCGUGAACCAGCUGUACAAGCACCUCAUCCAGUACCUCGCCCCCUCCGCCCUCGCCACCCUCCCUGCUGUCCCCGACUCCCCCCGCUACGACACCCCCGCCUUCUUCGACGAGCCCUUGGACCUGCGACCAGCGCCGUCCGCCGUGUCGCCGUCACCGGGGCCGGCAGGGCUGUCGGGCAUCUCCGUGCCCUCCUCCUUCGCUGGCUGCUCCUCCGCCGCCCUCGCCUCCCUGCCCGCCUCCAUCCCCACCUCUGUCUUCACUGCAGGUCCGGCAGCAGGGUCGGCGCCGGAGGAGGUGGCGAAGGCGGUGGCGCGGGACGUGGCGGCACUGCGGGUGGCGGUGGUGAAGGAGCCGAUGCCGCUGGGCGUGGUGCGGGCGGAGCGGUCCAGCCCACGCCCGGGGGACCUGCAGGUGCUCAUCGCGGAGGACAACAUCGUCAACCAGCGCGUGCUGCUGAAGCUGCUGAAUGGCAUCGGGGUGAGGUCGUGCUACACUGCCAUCAACGGACUCGAGGUGAUGCAGCGGCUGCGGCAGGUGACAGUGGAUCUGGUGCUCAUGGACGUGCAGAUGCCCGAGAUGGACGGCCUCACUGCCACCGCCUGCCUCAGAAGGGAGCUGCCACCAGAGCAGCAGCCGGUGGUGGCAGCACUGACAGCAGAUGUGGGGUCUGGGAUAGAGUCCGAGUGCAAGGCUGCUGGCAUGAACUCUUACUUGAGCAAGCCUGUUAGCAAACCGGCCCUUCAGAACUUCAUUUCCCGAUGCUUAUCAUCCGGUGCCAUGGAUGGUUCGUCGUCUCGGGAAGGAGGCAUUCAGCUUCUUUUAGCGGCAGAGCAAGAAGCCCAGAAGGUCGUAGCUGCAGCUCGUGCAGCCAAAACUGCCAGGUUGAGGCAAGCGAAGGAGGAAGCGGAGAGGGAAGCCGCUGCUUACCGCGCCCAGCGUGAGGAGGAGUACAGGAAGAAAAAGGCCGGGACGUCAGGCGACUCGGAAGCGACUGUGAAGCGGCUGGAGGUGCAAACGAGGCAGAAGAUUGAUCAGCUGACUAAGGAAGCGGGCAAUGUGUCGAAAGAUGUUACUGGGAUGCUUCUUGAUCUUGUGACAACAGUGAAGCAUUAA